UAAAAUUUCCCUUUUUUUUCCCUGUUGCGUUGAGUAUAAGCAGGAAACAGACUGUUUGAGAUAUCUGCCCAAGAGAUAUCAAGCUUCCACAAUAGGGAUUCACAGCUUUACUAGCUCUAAGAAGUGUCUAUAACUCUCUGCAUUAAUGGAGACAAAAUGGGAAGGCAAGGUGUCUACAAGGCUGUCAAAAGCCAGUGCAGAUCAGGUAUGGCCUCUUUUCUUAGACUUCUUCAACUUGCAUAAAUGGUUUCCAAGCCUGGCCACGUGCUAUGGCGUCCAUGGAACAAACGGGGAGCCUGGUUGCAUCCGAUACUGUUCUGGCUUUUCAAUUUCAUCUGGCAGAAGCAAGGGAAACAGCCCCCAAGUUAGCUGGUCAACAGAGAGAUUAACAAGUGUUUAUCAUGUUCAACGCAGUUUGAGUUAUGAAAUAGUGGACAGCAACAUCGGCUUCAAGUCAUAUGUUUCAAAGGUCCAGAUUGUUCCAGAUGGUGAAAAUCAAAGUGGGUGUGUGAUUGAAUGGUGCUUCACAGUUGAUCCAGUGGAAGGACGGGCAUUGGAGGAUUUAGUAGAAAAAUACGAUUUGGGUCUGCAGCUCAUGGCUAAGAGGAUGGAGGAUUCAUGCACUUCAAGUUCAGACAAUAAGUAAUUAGACAUUUGUUGUUAUGUUGUAGUUUAUCACUCUAAUAUGGUAGGUUUUCUUUAAUCCUAGGACGCAUGGAAUCUUACCAUGGGGUGUGUUUCUAUGUUUCUAAAGUGUUAUCGUUUUUAUAACA